AUGUUCGCUGCUCCUGCAUUAGGGCCCAUGUUGUCGGGUUUUGCUGUUAUCGCAGAAGAGUCAGUUAUAAAUCUUUACUCGGCUUUAAGAGUCAAGAGAGCGAGCCCCAUUUUCAUUCUUUGGUUUUUCUUUCUGCCCGAAACAUCAGCAGACAAUAUUCUUCUACGUCGUGCUACGCGACUGCGAAAGGCUCUCGAUAAGCAGAACAUCAGAUCGCAGACUAAGAUCACGCGCGGAGACCUAAGCUUUGGGAAUAUCGCCUAG